AGCUUGACACACCUUGAGAGGGAAUAAAUACCGGUGUUUCUCUCCGGUCGUGGUGUCUUCUUGCCGCGGUCCCGAUCAGCUGUUGUGGUUCACCGGCUGUGAUUCACCAGAUUUACCAAACCUUCUGCCCGGUUCCCCGGUUCAUCAUGGCCAGCCCACCAUCCGACCAGAGCAAGGUGUUCAACGAUCCCAUCCACGGCCACAUGGAGAUGCACCCUCUGCUCGUCAAAAUCAUCGACACGCCUCAGUUCCAGAGGCUCCGUCACAUCAAGCAGCUCGGGGGGACCUACUUGGUUUUCCCCGGAGCGUCCCACAACCGCUUCGAGCACUCCCUCGGGGUGGCGCAUCUGGCUGGAGAACUGGUCCGAGCUCUGCAUCAGAGGCAGCCGGAGCUCCUCAUCACCCCCAGAGACAUCCUCUGCGUGCAGAUCGCCGGGCUCUGCCACGACCUCGGACACGGGCCUUUCUCCCACAUGUUUGAUGGAAUGUUCAUCCGUAAAGCACGUCCAGGUUACGAUUGGAAGCAUGAGGACGCCUCCGUUAAAAUGUUAAACCACCUGGUGAGAGUCAACAAUCUGAGGCCGGUGAUGAGGAAGCACGGCCUGGUGCUGCCCACGGACCUGGACUUCAUCAAGGAACUGAUCACCAAACCGCAGCGCCCGGAGCGACCGGCGUGGCCCUAUAGAGGCCGUCCAGUGGACAAGUCCUUCCUCUAUGAGAUCGUGUCCAACAAAAGAAACGGCAUCGAUGUGGACAAGUGGGACUACUUUGCCAGGGACUGCUACCACCUGGGCAUCAAGAACAACUUUGACUAUAGCCGCUGCCUGAUGUUCGCCAGAGUGUGUAAGGUGAAGGGGGAGAAGCAGAUCUGCUUCAGAGACAAGGAAGUGGGCAAUCUGUACGACAUGUUCCACACAAUGCUUUGCCUCCACCGGAGAGCCUACCAGCACAAAGUGACCAACAUCGUGGAGACUAUGAUCACGGAGGCCUUUUUGAAAGCAGAGGGAUACAUCCUGUUCGAAGGCUCUGAAGAAUCAAUGUCUCUCUCCGCUACCAUCGACGACAUGGAGGCCUACACCAAGGUGACAGAUGACGUCUUUGAUCAAAUCCUCAACUCAUCCUCCGAUGAGCUGGAGGAGUCAAGGAACAUUCUUCAAGCCGUUGUGGGUCGACGCCUCUACAAAUGUCUCGGCCAGGCUCAGCCGACGCGUUGCGUGAAUCUCGAAGACAUUGAAGCGAGCUGGGAAGACGCUCUGACUCAACAGGACCCUCCAGUUCCGGAUCGUGGGGACUUCUUUGUCGAUGUCAUCAGCUUUGACUAUGGGAUGAAAGCGAAGAACCCCAUCGACAGCGUGCGCUUCUACAAAAAGGCCAACCCUAACAAAGCCGUUUGGAUCCGCAGGAACCAGGUGUCUAACAUCCUCCCUCAGCAGUUUGCAGAACAGCUGAUCCGAGUCUACUGCAAGAACAUGGACCCACGGAUUCUGGAGGCGGCCACGAAGACCUUUGUCCAGUGGUGCCAGGACGAGAGCUUCGCAAUGCUUUAGGACGAAGACAGAAAAGCCCCCGAUGGGACUCCUGAAGACCAACAGGACGACAUGAAGGAAGUAAACCCAGUUGGUACUAAUGUAGAGUAGAAAGCCAGCUUUUAAUAAGAUAGGAAAUAGAAAUAGAGCACAGAACCCUCCGACACACAAACAUAAUCUAUAUGAUGAAUAUCUUUCUACGAGGUGUUGGUGAUCACAGCAAGGAUUAUAAUAUCUUUGCACCAAAAAGAAGGAUGCGGUAUUCAGGGGGCUUUUAAACUCUUUAUUAUAACACUUAGUUUUAUCCUUUUUAAUAUUGUUUUUAUUUGAGAGUGUGUGUAAUAGAUCCUGCUCCCUUUCUUUCUGCUUUAAGAGGCUUCUGUCACGACUUUUAAAACAUAUAUUAUUACUAUUACAUUAUACUUAUAUAUUUAGACGAUUACCAGCGAGGCCAAGAACGGCCGUCGGACAAAGCGACCUCGAGUCGGCGUUGAUUGAAGCGACGCUCUGCAAAAUCUACCUUUAACAUUAUCAAGGUCUUAAGUGUUUUCUGACAACAUUUGAGAGGGAUCAGAUUAACAUGUGAGGAGCAGGCUUUAAAGGCAAAGGUUUCAGUAUCACACUGCCCAAAUUGAAAAAGAAUCAGGUUUAAUCUCUAGGAGGAGUUUGGUCUUUCACGACUAAAAAAAAAGGCUAAAAAUGCAGAUAUUCAUCGAUUAACUGCCGCGCCCCCUAGUCUUCAAAUAUGAUAAAACAUUAGGGUAGGUUUGGGGUGGAAUAUGUAAAUAUGCAACUAAUGUGAUGAGAGCAGGCCGAGUCAUUUGGGAUACAUGUGUCUUGCCAGAUUAAGCCACACCUCUCAAGUUCGUUGGUCCAAAUCUUCUAAAAACAAUGAGAUCAACAUGCAACAAACAAGGUACCAGUUGAUAUUGAACCAAUUAAUCCACAGAAUAUUCAGUGAAAAUCGGACACAGUGUUUAGGAGAAAUGGGCAAGAAGUUUGGAGUCGAUGUUUUUGACAAAUAAAAAAUGGCGGAAAAUCUAAUUCGGCGCAUUUAAAUGCCGUGAUUUACUUUUUUGUAGAGCAUAAGAGCAGAUGUGCAUCAGACUUCCAGCCAAUCAGGUAUUUGGGGGAAAGAACUGGGCUAUUGCGUCAAAUUUCUAGGGGGCGUUACAGAGACAUUUCUUUAUACCCAAAUAAUAUAUAAUUAUAAUAAUAAUUCCUUGAAAUACAAUAGGUUCCUCUACGACUAGUCGUAGUGAGGACUUCAUUAAUUCGGCAGCCAAACGGUUCUGUGAACAGAUUUUGACGUGUGUGGAUUUAUUUUUCAGAUCUGUGUGACGUUGUUUAUUGUGAGUGGCUCAACUUUAAGAUAUGAGCAUUAUUUCUAAUGUUUUUCACUUAUCUUUUCCAUUUUAUCAAAAUGUAAUCUCAUGAACAUUUUCUGACGGCUUAUUUUAUAUUUUGCCGAUUAUGUAAAAAAAAAAACAA